UCUGUUAGGUCAAGAUUCCGGAAGCAUAAAAAAGUAUAGGAUAAUACAAUUUAAUUUGUACAGCUGAUUUUUUUUUUUUUUCUUAUAUAAAAUUGCAUUAAUAAUUUAAUUUUUAACAGAGGAAAGAGUCCUUCUUGGUGAGAUGAGGGUUUGUAGUUUGUAGUUUGUACCUAUCAAGUAUCAACUCGUUUGAUUUGAUUUGUUUUGGUAUGUAAGAACCGAAGUUGCCGAUUGGAGUUUCGAUCCACCAUUCACCAUUGGUCCUUUGUAUAUUCCAAAUAAAAGCAUGGCGCGAAAAAUUUACGACCCGAGUGAAAACGAAAAUUCUUUAUCGACGGAACAAGGAGCUGAACAAAUUGUUGAUUCACAGUUACAGACCCAAAGCCGAGAGCUAUACGCUAAUUUUGUACGCGAAGAAAUUCAGUUGCAAGGAUUACCAGUUCCGCAUGUCCCAUCGCUCGAUACCAUUCAGUUUAGCAAUCCUUUGUGGGUUUGCAAUGCUUCAAGUUUGCGACAACUGGCCAAUGAAUUUUCCCUUUCACCACUCAGAAAUGAAGUUUGCUACAGAGCCCAAAGUGUGGAUUUGACCACUUUAAAUGGGCAAAACUUCAGUGAAAUGAUACAGGAGGUGUUCAGUGGAGGAAGUUUAACAAAAGAACGGAUACUUGUGGUCUUUUUCUUUUGUUCAGAUGUUGCUCUGUUUGCAUUGCAAAACCACACUUUGAAUCUCUUCUGCAAGCUCAUACAAUGGAGUACAGAUUACAUUACUGGAAAAUUCUCAAAUUUUAUCUGCAGUCAAGGAGGAUGGACAGCUGUUCUGAACAGUUCUAUGAACACAUUGCUGAAAAUGUCUGCAACUGCUGCUUGUUGUGUAGCAGUAAUUGCCAUGCUGGUAUUUAUUAGGAAUAAUUGGAAAUAGACAAGCAAUGAAAUAAACUAUCUUUGCAACUAAA